CGACACUGACGACCGGAAGUAGCUAAAACAACCGUUGGUAAGCUAGGAGAGCAGACGCAACGACGUGAGGAUAAAAAAUGUUUAAGAACACUUUCCAAAGCGGUUUUUUAUCCAUAUUAUACAGCAUCGGAAGCAAGCCACUACAAAUCUGGGACAAAAAAGUGAGAAAUGGACACAUCAAGAAAGUUCUAGACAACGACAUCCACUCACACGUGCUGGAAAUCGAGGGAGCAAACGUUUGCACCACAUACAUCACCUGUCCCGCCGACCCCAAGAAGACUCUGGGGAUCAAACUCCCCUUCCUGGUGAUGAUUAUUAAGAACCUGAAAAAGUACUUCUCCUUUGAAGUCCAGGUUCUGGACGAUAAAAACGUCCGGCGGCGGUUCCGAGCCAGUAACUACCAGAGCACGACCAGAGUGAAGCCCUUCAUCUGCACCAUGCCCAUGAGGCUGGACGAUGGCUGGAACCAGAUCCAGUUUAACCUGUCAGAUUUCACCAGGAGAGCCUAUGGAACCAAUUACUCAGAGACGCUGCGAGUUCAGAUUCAUGCUAACUGCCGCAUCCGGAGGGUUUACUUCUCUGACCGGCUGUACGCUGAAGACGAGCUGCCGGCUGAGUUUAAGCUCUACCUGCCCGUCCAGAACCAGAAGGCCAAACAGUAGAUCCUGAUGGCCUGCAGAGUGUUGGAAUGGUUGUGCGGUUCCGGUGCAGGACUGCUUCCCUUUAGGCUCUUCUGCUGCUGUUCUCCAGCCUGAUGUUCUCCCUGCGCUCAUUCAGCAGUAGGGUUCUGUUUGGUUCUCAGGGUGAAAAGGAUCAAAAUCAGCUUUUGGCCUCACAAAUUCAACUGUAAUACAACUUUAUUUUAAAUUUCUUGAAGCAAAAUAAAACUUUAGUUUAUUACGACAGCAGAUUUCUUCUUUAGAGGAACACGUUCAUAUUUAUAUCUUAAAGGAGACUCCAGAGUUUUUUAAGUUCCAUGUUUGUGAAGGCCUUCUGGACCACAUAUGUACAUUUAUUCUAUACAUUCUCUGAAAUAAAAGAACAUGAAGGUCUCAAA